AGUCAUGUAGUUGAUAUUGAAAUGAAAAGUCGGUGCAGUUUGCCUGGCAACAUUUCUCAUUUAUGGCUUUUUUUCCCUAUCGAAUUAAAAUAAAAUUCCGCGCAACUUUUUCUUUCUGUUUCUCACGAACGAAAGUAAUUUGCCUAGCUUAUUAUUUUGUAUAUCAAUUGUGUAAUUGAAUUAGUCGAUGUGUUUGUGUAUAUUAUUUUAUUUAGUGGCCCGUGUGCUACUCGUUUCGUUUUUUUCACUGUUUUUUGUUUGUUUGUUUGUUGUUCCGCAUUCAACGGUCGUCGUUUCAGUUCCGUGCAUUUAAUUGAUUUAUGUUUGUUUACAAAUUAAUGGGUAGCUCUCUCUCUCUCAGAUGAUGUAUGCACACCGAGUGUAAUUUCAAUGUACUGCACAUUUCGUCUCAUCAUUCUAAACACGAAACCCAACGACCGACCACAACAACAGCAACAACAGCAACAACAACAACAACAACAACAGCAACAACAGUAACAACAACAACUACGAAAUCUAUGACGACGAAUAAAAAGUCUUUCUUAUAGGAAAAACACAUUCAAAAACAAGAAUUUCAUAUCACAGAUCCGCUUUUGAAUUUUAAUCAAAAACGAGAAGUGCCAUGUGAUGGAAAGAGAGAUAUAUUUAUGUUCGUAUUUUCUCAUUCAUCAUCAUCUACGCGUUCUGUUCUAUUCGUCUAUCUUCCUUUUUUCGUGUGUGAUUCUACCUCGGUAAUAAGAAAAAACAGGCAUACAAAGCGAACAAAAACCAUCGCUUCACACUGGUUUUAGAAAAUAAUGGUUGACGUAUGUCGAUUGAAUGGCUGCCAAAUACACACAUUUAGAUCCAUUGAAAUAAGCCCAAAAGGAUGUUUUAAUUAAAGCAACGCUUGAUCGGAGCUGGUUUUUUUCUGUAUCAUUCGUGUGUGUGUGUCUGUAUUUGUGAAGUUGAAAUAGAUAACCAAAAGCGAUUUACAACGUUUGUUGUCCCAGCUACGCUACGAUUAAAUGUUCGUGGCUGCAAUCUUGUCCAUACGCGAUGAUUUGAUAUGAACGCCGCAGCAUUCUCUCUCUGCUGCUAAAUGAAAACACAGCGGAAUUUGAUUGCUGAUUCGGAAUCUGGGGCGUAUUAUUGUUAACUCGAUUGAUAUUCAUGCAUUGUUAUUUGCAGUGUUGUUUUUUUUAUGGCCCAAUCUAUGCAUCCGUUCUAUUGAUGCCGAAAAAAAAGGUUAAACAAAAAAAUCGCUUACAAUGCCAAGUCAAUAUGUACACACAUGUGGUUUUGAUAAUGAUGAUUUAGAGGGAAAAAAUUAUUAUCUAAAAACAUUUGUUUGUUCACACUCCAAAUCGAAUGAAUGUGACAAAAUAAUUCACUUUUAGAUUUCAUGAUAUAAGGCCGUGAAUCAUUUAGAUACUUUAGAAAAUAGCGCACGGUGUUCAGUGAACGACAUGCAGACGUCACACAAGACCCAACAGAUAAUUGCAAUGCGAAUGCGUCAUUAUUAUUAUGAUGCGUGGGCCCAACUGAACGUACCGCAAUGAGGUGGUGUGUUUUUUUCCCUCCCAGUCUGUCUAUUUGCCAAUAUAAUUAAAAAUAUCUAAUCAUUUUAUGUGCAUUUCGAGGCACUGCUUUUUUAUGGCAUGUGACAACACACACGGCACACACACACUCAUCACAUGUCCGAUUCACUCUUCAGCCUUGGCAAGUAUUUCAAUAUAUUUAUCUAUUUAUUGCGACCUACCAGUUUCAAGAUAACGACAACGACGACGACGAAUGACAAACGAACUGAAAAAAAAUAAUAAUGAAGAAACAAUCAACAUGCUGGUUCUAUUAAGACAAUGAAUAAUUUUACAUACAUUAACAUUAACUCGAAUCAAUUGUAGCAUUUUGGUUUUGAUUUCUUGGAAAAAUACGAGGUGCGCGCGCCUGUUGCAUAAAAUGUUGAUAAUUUUUGUGGCGAAAAAAAAGCGGAGACAGACAAGUUGUGUUCAAGAUUGUGUGAUUGAGUUCUAGUGAAGUGCUAGAAUAUUAAAUGAACAGAUAGCGAGAGACAGAGAGACUAGCAAAAUUGAUGUGAUUUUAUUUCGAGUGAACAUUCGUGUUGGAACAAUGAAAGUAGCGAGAACCAGUUGUCUGAAGUUUGAUGUUGUUUUACGUGUACUGUAACAGUUUUCAUGUUGUACGUGAAUAAGCUGAAGCGAAUUUCACAUCGCCAUUCAUGCAUAUAAGCUGGUUGCCGUUGUUGCUGCUGCAGAUUCGCUUUUCUCUUUCUUUUUUCUCUAUUUUGCCCGCGUUUUCUUGUAAACCAUUACAGCAUAUGUGUGCAAUAAGCUGAAAAUCGUACCAAAAGAAUGCUACAGACCUUCAUUCACGCUCGCCGACAACGACCUAAGUGUAUCAGACUUUAUUUUUGGAUUUGAAACGUUGCUAUCGCAACACUAGCAUCUAAUCAACUGACAACAACAAACAUUUUGCUGAAAGUGACGAGCCUAACAAUUUGAACGAAAGAAAAACGAAAACAUUCUUCGAACCGCUUAGACGGUGUUGACAGCAAACCAAAAAAUUAUACAAGAGAAUGAAUUAAGCGACUGAAAAUAGAAAUUCCGAAAACGAAUCCAAUUAUAUCCAAAACACGGUGAAUUUUCAGAAUUGCAAAUUUGAUUUGAAAAAAAAAAUAAGGAAAACAUUUCACUGAUUUCGUUCGUUGAUAAAAUUGUGUGGAUGACAUUGAUCGGGCCUGGCGCUCCAGGUAUGGCAUUCAUGAUGAAAAAGAAGAAAUAUAAAUUUUCCGUCGAACUAAAUCUGGAGGAAUUGGUUGAAGUGCCAUUUGUGAAUGCCGUUCUAUUUGCAAAAAUUCGAUUGCUCGACGGUGGAUCGUUUCAGGAGUACAGCAGCCGUGAGGAGGUAAAAAAUCAUACAGUCAAAUGGAAUCAAAAGUUCGAAAUUGUGUGCAAAAUGUCGGCCAAUGCGUCGACAGGGAUAUUGGAUCCGUGCACAGUGCGAAUAUCGGUGCGGAAGGAGAUUAAGGGUGGCCGUAGCUAUCAAAAAUUAGGCUUUAUCGAUUUAAAUUUGGCCGAAUUUGCUGGCUCCGGUCUGAUAUCACGGCGAUGCUUACUCGAGGGAUACGACACCCGACAUCGACAAGACAAUUCAAUGCUGUGCGUUACUAUUAAAAUGCAUAUGCUCAGUGGUGAUAUUCUUUUUAAAGUUCCAACGUCAGGUUUAAACAAUAAAAAAAUAACUUCGCGGGACGAUUUAGGUAGUGAUAUAAUAGUUGGUGUUGAAAAUUCCCAAUUACCUGGCACAACGAUACCACGGACAACGGGCUGCAUACCGUCAACAGCCAGUGUAAAUACACUGCCCGGCCUGGUGGGUAGUGUACGAGAUGAUUCGUCAAUAACGUCGGGUUCGUCUGGUUUUGGAUCGCUACCAAAGAAAAAGAACGAUGACGGUAUGUCAUCGAUGGUAUCUUCCAAUGUCACCGACUCAGGCAUGUCGGAAUCAUCCGAACCGCUGAACACACUGCUGUCCGAUUCGAUAACAUCUACAAACAAUCAUUUAUCGCUACAGCAACUCUCUGGCAGUGGCGUUCAAACGCAACAAUUGUCGACCGCAAAUACGGGCAGCAGUGGUGUCGAGCAAGGUCACUCACGCAAUUCGAGUAAUACUAGUCAAAUGUCUAAAGGAUCUGGUUAUAGUAGUUUUUCGCAAAGUCAACACUCGAGGCAAAGUUCCGAAGGUGAUUCAGGUCAUACGAGGUGUCAUCCGGUUUUUGCGAAAUCGACACCAAUAGCGAAUCGUCUGUAUCCGAAAACGUCGUUAAAAUUAAAAAUGCCAACAAGCCCUGAGUCAGACGGUGAAAUUUAUUUAACACCAAACACGUCCGUAUCGAUUGAUGAUGACAAAAAAGAGAAUAAUGUAAUAUUUGAGCAUGUAAAACCGCCGCCACGUUCAAAGAACGGUUACCGAAUCGAUAAGAUUCAGAGUAUGAGUAGCAUUGCGAAUAAUAAUAACCAUCGAAAUUCGGCUGAAGAUCGAGUAGAACAGCAUGAGAAAACAUUUGCUGGGCAUGACGGACAAAAUAGCUGUAUCUUUCGUAUGAAUUCCCUUGGCAAUUUGUCACAGUAUGAACGUGAUUUCGGCUCAACACCAAAGUCAUUACUAAAACUCAAAGAAGAAUUUGAAAACCGACGAGUUGCACUAUUAGCGCAACGAAAUUCGUUAAACAACUUGUUGAAGAACAACAACAACAAUGCCAAUGAGAAAAGCAACGGCAGUGAUACGAAUGGUCUAUUCGCACGACGAAUGUAUCGAAAACGGUUUGGGAUCGGUGAUACCAAGUAUAUUGGUACGGAGAAUGAUACACCUGAAUCGAAACAAUACCAUUUGAGUAAGAUCAAAUCGAUGGGCACGAUAUCGGAUUCGUUGUUGGUGAAUGAACGCAUCACAUAUGAUCCAUUUUUAACGCCAAUGAUACCACGCCGACAUCCGGCCAGUUUGCAUAGUUUCGAAGAAGAAGACAUUCGAAAUGAUUUUAAUAGUGAUAGCGGCAGUUCCGAUGAACAGGAAAACUUUUUACGCCAUCAGCCCGAUGAGCAUGUGCGCUUUAUGCACGAAAGUAAUUUGUUGAAAAGUUCAUUUGAACGUGGCUUUCGACGUAGCUACAAUAAAAAACAUGAUCGUCCAGUGUCUACUACGGCAACGGGCCUACGACAAUCAGAUGGCUGCUUUAAAAUGCCACUGCCAGUUGACAAUAAGCAGUCGCAUGCAAUGAACAAUGCAACGUCGGACAAACAACAAAAGAAUCGAUCGUCUGUACACAGUCUGCCCAGUGAUGGAAAAUUUGAUGUUACUAGAAAUCCGAGUGCAGGUUCACUUGUCAGUGAGACUGGUUCGCUGGACCGUAUGAAAGCAGCGGCGGAAAGAAGGAAGAAAGGUUUAGACGAUAGUGUGACUACAGUGUCGGGACGUGUCGAAGGCACACGAGUCAAUCCAGAUUCAUUGAUUGACGAACUGCUGAAAAAUACCAAAUUAGAUCAAGUUGGAGAAGGCGGCGGCGGACUGCAAUUGUACAUCGCAAGUGAUGGAACUGCAUCACUGGGCAAUCACAAUGAGGUAAAAAAGAUGUCUGGCACCGUAUUGAGAGUGAUCAAUCCAAGAUAGUAGCAUUCAGCAUGAAAUUUGCAGCCACUGCGACUCUGGUCAAUCCCAUUUUGACAUCCAUUUUAUGCGGUGCAUGAGAGACAAUGCAACAAAUUAUUCAACAAUAAAUGAGAAGAAAAUAUUUGAAGAAAAAAAAAUUAACAAAACAAAAAGAAAUCAAUUUGAUGUGCGUUUUCCGAGUUCCAGCUGUUGAUAAAAUUUAGAAAUCUCACACACAUUCGAUUCGAAGAAAAAAAAGAAGAAGAAAAAGUUAUUUUGAAACAAAAUGUAAUUAUAGUAGAUAAUUACUGCAGCAAAUUGUAGCUGGCACAAAACCAAAUCUUAAACGAGCGUUAAUGAUACAUUGUAUGGACAAUUUUCAUUGUAUUUUAUUUUUGUUUAUUUGUUUGUUUUAUUUACAAAACCAAACUUAAGUUCGAUGGAAAAUUUAUACAAACACACAUACACACAUGAGAUGAGGUGAAUCAAAUAAAUUGUGCACGCAUUUGAACUGUUUUUAUGCGAUUGACACACACAAUUGAACGUAUAAUUUUGAA